CAAACAUAACGACGUUCCGGAGGUAACCGUGCUUCAGAUGGAAAUUGAUUGUUAUGAUUAGAAUAAAUCGACAUUGUUUUCAAAUGAUGCAGUAGCAAUCAACUCGUCACAGCAAUCCAUACAAACGUUUAAAAUCGGAACAAUCACCCAAUGAAGAUGGAUUUAGUUUUGAUAAGCACUUUUUAGAUAAAGAAAGGGACAUCAUUGAUUGUUCUUGCAAAAUACCCCGCACUUGAUUGAAUAAUGCACAUAGCGAAAUGGCAAGUCUUCAUCGGGCAUUGGAUGACCAACAUUGGCAUCAGUUUCGCUUACUCGUAGAAGUCGGCGUCAACGUCAAUGCUAUUGCUAACGAUGGCAAAACGGCACUUUUACGGAUAUGUAAUUACAACAUGUCUAAUCGGCAAGCAACAUAUUUCACCAAACUGCUUCUUAAAUAUGGAGCAAACAAAAACGCUAUAGACCCCGAGACUGGCUGUAACGUUCUUGGAUUAGCAAUCAAACACAAUCGAGAAUGCGUGUGUAGAGUUCUUCUACAAGAAAUGGACUUUGACUUUAAUCAACAGGAUCACAACGGGAACACAGCACUACACCUUCUUGCCUUGGAAGGGACAAUGCCCUACAUUUUGAUGAAGAUUAUCAAUUGUAUGGUGAAAUUCGAAAUUGUCAUUGAUGUAAGGAAUAAUGAAGGCUAUACGCCUUUGAUGCUGGCUUGUAAACGGGGGCAUCUUGAAACUGCUAGAACAUUCGCAAAUAUUGGCAACUGUUCUUUAACAAUGCGUGACAACACAACGUUCAAAUCUCCAAUCGAUCUUCUCCGUGAGGCAAUUGAAAUACCAACAGAUGUAGACCCUCUCAAGAAUACAAAAUGGAAACCAAAUAUCCAAGCAACUACUGCUUCGCUUUCUCAAUUUGAUUCAUCCCAUGUGACAUCACGUCGACCUUCGUCUGCACUUCCCUCCGUCGGAUCAUCUGCGCCAACAAUAUAUGGAAAGUCCAUGCGAAGAAAACACCGUCCAAGAACUGCUCGCUUCAAGAAUGUACGGAACAAGUCAAGCUCUUUGAUAUCUCUUAACAUGAACUCAUUUGGGUCGUUGGCAUUGGACUCUGAUGUGAAGUUCGACACAGGUGUUUCAACAAGAGGACAGGUAUCAACAUUUCAGAAUGGAGUUGAUUCCUAUAAAGACUUCUCCAACCAUUGCGAGUCAGUGGUAGUAGAGCGCGACCAGUCUUUCAGACCUAUGUUCCAACAGUUGUUCAAGGUGAAAGAAGAAUACGAAUCACCGUCAUUUAGACCAACUGCGUGUCCAGCGGAGCCCGAAUCGUCAGAAUUCGCAGAAUCUGAAUUGUUAUCAGAGAUAACAGAAAGCUUCUCUGGCACCCUGGAUGAGACUACGACGGAACGACUCCGAGCAUAUAUUGCGUUGAUCAACCAACAGAAAAGGGAGCGUAGAGGGAUUCCCGAUAUACAGAAGAUCGAAGAGGCUGCCUCGGCUAUAUCGCUCAUCAAGAAACGUAUUUCAAAACGACCAAGUGGCACGAGACCGGGAUCUUCUUUAGCAAAAUUGGUAUGUCAACUUACAACAAAGUCCGACCCGUCAUCCAUGAAGUCUCCCGAUGGUGAAGGACGGAAUUCACCUGGCAAGAAAACGAUGAAACCUGGACCAAGACGAUCUAUUUCAGCUGGUGGUAAUAUGUUUGCAGAUAUUGCAAAAUCUCUGCAAUCAAAUACCUCACAGAGUGCAUCAAAUGAAAAACUUUUUGAUAAUGAACAGACAAGUCCAAUAGGGUCAAGGCCUACAAGUGCAGCUCGUAAACUAAAACUAAAGAAUAUUUUUAGCCUCAAUCAAUCUAAAACGAGUUUUUCAUCUCAAUCGACGAGUGCAUCAAACAGUAAUUCGAGUGUCUCACUGAGCACUGAUAGUGGAAGUAGGGGUGUUGACAGUAUGACCCCUAUUGAAGAGCACACAUAAACUAUAAGUCAAUACUGUCAUCUCGUAUAGUCACGUAUAUAUCACCCAUUUGAAAACUUGUCUUCGAUCACUGAUGAUGUUCUAGAGUUAGUACGUAACUUUUUUUUAUCAUGAACCGUGUUUGAUUCCAAAAGGACAACAUUUGACAUUGACCUAAUAAUAUAUUACAAAAAUGUACAUGCUUUGAAUAUUUUGUGAACUGGUAUUUGACAUUGCUGGCUCGAUCAAGCUGAGAUGAUUCCUACGUGCUUAGAGCUCCAACACAUUCUUCACAACAUCAACAUCCACGACCGGAAUUGUAUAGCACGGGGCUUCAAUGUUUUGCACCGUGUCAAAUAAUAUAAAAAUAACAGGAAAAUUAUAAUCGCAUUGACUCAUAUCAAGUGAAUAUUCGCAUUUGAUCAAAUAUGUCAACGGAAUCAUAAAUGGAUUAAACAGAUUAGUUUCGAUUAAUAUGAGUUUCAACCUUGGAUAAUUAUGUCGCCAAAAGUGGUGACAUAUUGUUAUAGUCUCUAACUUUUUUGUGGACGGUGUUCGGCAUUUGGCGUUCGACGGGUGGCGGUCGGCGUUCUUCUGUAAAUGGUGACAUCACAUUUUGCAUGUUAAUGCUUUGUUUCUAUUC